UCGCGUUGCUGCCUUGAGUUUACGAGAAUCAAAUGCUUCUCUUUACCUGAACUCGGUAUCGCUUUGGAGCCCACGUGGGCCUGAGCUUUUCAGCUGAAGUCUUUAUUCAGCCAAAGCUGAGCUGAACGAGGUUAGCGGAGGCUGGUGCCUUAUUGGCUUGGCAAGGGUCAAUAUUCAACCUCACUUCAACAAUCUGUCUCAGUGUAUAUAAGGCCAUGUUUAGGUCUUUCACCAGGACUAUAACGACAUCCAUCGCACGCUCCACAAGCAGAAAAAUGCCAACGCCUCAAGAAAUCAAGCUUCCUGGCUUCGGCCUCCCUAUCAGCUACGCUAGUGCCCAUUUUCCAGUUGUCCUUGGUAUGGAGGAGGGAGAAGGAGAGGGAGACUGGAGAGCCAGCACUUUGACAAUUCGAGAAGUCUGCAUGAUCAAAGUCAUCGAGGACCUCACGAACAAGCCCGAGUGGUGGAUCAAAGUCAAUGAUGAUGAGAUUACUGCCAAGUGGAAGAAGGAGGCUAUGGAGAUGCCAUGGGGAGAGUAUCGAGUAUACGGUGAUUUCACUCAGGCCAUGGCCGAUGCUUGUAUCAAGGAAUUGCGCAAAAAGGCAGAUAUCUACCAAAAGACUGGCCUCAUUCCUGUCAUGGACUACGCUUCUGCCGCCAUUAAAUCAGACAACUUGGUCCCUAAAGACCUCCGAGAUGCUCUCGUAGCUGCCGUUUCCCCUUUGGAAAAUGUCCCCGAGGAGCGCAAGGACUGGCAUCCUGGCAGUGAUGGCAAGGUCCUUGACAUCGUCCACCCUUCCCUGUGGCCGCUUGUCUACGGGCGAUCUCUCAUCCUCCCCGACAAGCGCAUCGAUCUCGAAGAAGCGUUGUCGCAUUGCGGGAAAGGCGUCGUUGUCCCUGUGGACAACAGUGAUGACACCAUGUGGCCUUCCAGUGCCUUUUCUAAACGCUUCCAGUGGCUCCCUUGCGACGUUGACCUGACUGGCGUGAAUCCUCGCAUCGACAGCUACAUCAACAAUGUGCACCCGGCCAAACAUGCCGAGCUCUACCCCGUUAUUGAGAAAUUCAUCGAGAAAUCUCUCCCGGCUUGGGAUGUCAUCUAUCGAUGGCAUGACGAUUUCGAAGUCCAACGUGUCUUCACCAAAAAUGUUCGACCAGAUUGCAAAGCUCCAGAAAUUUGCGGGGAUGACUGGUGCUCAGCCCAGAAUCGGCCACUGGAUGACGAUGAGGCGCCUCGUAGAGAGGAUGAGGACUACGAAGAAGAUUACGAGGAAUCUGAUCGCAAUAAACGCGACGAGGAAUGGUUCAGGGAGACCCAUGUUCCAGAACUUCCGGACCCUAAGACUGAAUUGGAAGAGCUGGUCAAGAUCAACCCUAGCGACGUAAAGACCUCAGGCUUUUUUGGCAACGCAUCUCGUGUGCAAGUCAUUGUCAAGCUUGCCAACAUCCAUCUCACCCCCGAGAAGCCAACUUACGACGGUGGUUCAUGGCAUGUCGAAGGCCAGUUGAAUGAGCACAUAUGCGCGACUGCACUCUACUAUUACGACUGCGAUAACAUCACUGAUUCUCGCCUUGAUUUUCGCACAGCUGCCAACAGAGAAGACCAAACUGUGGAGCUGAAUUACGAGCAGGGCGACUUCGACAGCAUCGAACGAGUCUUUGCUAUUGAUCCCGGUGCAGACUUACUCCAAAACAUCGGCAGCGUCCUCACACGCCAGGAUAGAAUGCUCUUCUUCCCCAACGUGUAUCAGCACCACGUCAGCCCCUUUGAACUGGCUGAUAAGUCUCGCCCCGGCCACCGCAAAAUCCUAGCACUGUUUUUGGUCGACCCUCAAGUUCCUAUUAUCUCAACUGCCAAUGUCCCUCCCCAGCAGCGCGACUGGUGGGCCGAGGGCUUGCUCAAGAAUGAUCGUUUCAAUAACUUACCCCCUGAGCUGACACGGAUGGUGGUGGAUAACUUGGAUUUCCCUAUUGAUCUGGAGGAUGCUAAGAAAAUCCGAGAGGAACUCAUGGCGGAAAGGACUAAUCUGCAGGAUACCCUUAACAGUGACCUCAAGAAUCUUGAGUGGAAUUUCUGCGAACACUAAACCGAGAGUCAGCUGUAGACCAAACUGUUAUGGUUUUUCUGUUAUCCCUAGCUUAAGACAUCUCAAAUAGAGUUGUGCACUUGAUGAAACCUCAGCUUUCUAGCUUCUUUGAACAUGGAAUGUCCGAUCUGUGUCUCCCUUAGUAUUAUAAUAUUCGCAGAGGCUAAGGAGCCAUUGGCCUUGGCUAACUCCAAGAAGUGGGA